AUGAUCGGAGCCCCUCACCAAGCCCGCCGCGGCUGUUCAUCCUUUCAUCCUGCGAUUCCGAGAGCCCGGGCACCAGAGUCUACAUGGCCGACUAGCGCGCCCAAACAGGUCGGCCACCAACCGCCCGCCCUAGAGGCUGACAAGGACCUGUGGCAAAAAGAAGAAGAAAAGAAAGAGAAUGCAGGAACCCGUGUGUGA